GCCAAAAGUUGUUAACCAUUGGCAUUCGGUGUUCGCAAUUCGAAUUGAACGGUACAGUGGGCGCACAAGCGAAGCCAUAAAGGGUGUUGAGAGUAAAGAGUAAAGCGGUUUCGGUGUUGAAUUUGAUUGGGGAAAAUUUGUAAAUAAAUAUAAAACGUGUUAAGGUGUUUGUUUGGAAAGCAUUGAAUGAGUGGCGGGGAAGGCGUGAGAAAAACAGAGAAAAAACGUUCACUUCGUCAAUAAUACUGCGCGCGCAAAGAAAGCUACGAUAUUUUAUCGAGUUUUUAUAAAAGCAAAAAACAAAAAGUUUUGACAAAAGUGAUUCUUCAAAUAAUAAAUAGUGCAAUUUUUAAAAUCAACACAAAAAUCUCUGUUCAGAUAAAAAAAUCCUACUUACUAACGAAAUAUUUCCAUACCGAUCGAUGAGCAAUCGUUUUGCGCAAAAAUAGACGAUUGCUUUGUGUUGCUGCAUUUUGAGUUCAAGGUAUUUUAUUUAAAGUGCCCGCCUACUUGCGCCACAGAAAGGCAUUCAAUUGUAACGAAAAAACUUAAAACAUCUGUCAGAAUGAGCUAUCUUCGUUCCGUAGAAAUCUCACGCGUAGAGAUGACGCCAGCGGAGGACUCCACCUACACAACCAGUACUGGGUCGAAGCGUGCCAGCUAUUCUUUGAUAGGCAUUAAAGUUCUUGAAUUGGCACUUGUUAUCGUCUGUAUCGGCCUCAUCGAUGAGCCAUCCACUCACUCACAUCUGCGCGUCUUCAUAACGCCGCGCGUUGUCGCGCUGUGCUAUGUAACCUUUGGCAGUCUCCUCAUUUAUUCGUCAAUUUAUUUAAUUAUGGCAUUGUUCGGCGAUAUCACUCCCUGGCGCACUGCGACUUUGUGGUCUUUCGUGGGCUUCAUACUCCUCAUUGUCACGACGGCGCUACUCUUCCGCGAUUGGUCGACUACAAAAGAACGCAAUUAUUGGCACCCGAAUAUGCAACGUCUUGACCUCGUGCUUGGCGCUGCUUCGGUGGCGUUGGUAAGCACACUUAUCUAUUUGGUCGAUUUGUUGGCCACAAUACGUUUUGGCAUUAGUGGUGAGUUGGAAUAAUCGAGCGAAUAUGAUCGAUUGCAUGGAAUUUCGAUUGGAUGGAAGAUUUAUCGACUUCUGGCAGAAGAUCACCUUGAUGCUGUAAUAUUUACAGAAAAACGAGUAUAAUUUGUUUAUAAUAUGUUUUAUUAAUAAUUUCUACGGCAAUAACUGCAAUAAUUUUAUAUUCAAUAUUAGUGUUAAGUUCAAUGUAAUUUUUUACUUACACAUAUUCAUUUGCAUACAGACAUAAUUGUAAUGUUAAGAGCAAUCGAAUAUUUAAUAUGCCAUGGUGAAGUUUUUUUCUUUGAAAUGUACAAAAAAUGCAAUUAUUAAUACCGAAUAAGAGUGACAUACGAGUAUACUUACAAAUUAAGUGCAAAAUUGAAAUAAAUAACUUUUUCAAUACUACGAUAA